AUGUUCACAACCUCAACCUCAUUUCAGCAUGUAGUAGUAAGCUUUCUUUCUACCACUGCACCGAAUCUCUUGGACGACACCGAAUCAAAAGGGCGCAAAAGGAUGCACGUAGAAAGAUUUUCUGACAAGAAGAAGAUCGCGUUCACUCGUGAUUCGCUGUCUCAGGUUUUAUAUUACGACGAAUUUGUUAAGGAGUUGGUUCCAGGACACCGAAAAAUGGCUAUAAUAUUGGCUGCAUCUUCUGCUGUCUUGGCUCUUCUUUUGGUUACUGCAACAAUGGGUUUCUUUAUAAGAAAGAAUGUAAUGAGGAAAAGAAGAGAGAGAAAACAAUUUGGGACACUUUUGGAUACAGUGAAUAAAUCCAAGCUAAAUGUUCCAUAUGAAAUUCUUGAAAAAGCAACAAAUUACUUCAAUGAUGACAAUAAGCUAGGACAAGGAGGAUCAGGUUCAGUUUAUAAAGGAGUUAUGCCAUAUGGUAAUACUGUGGCUGUUAAAAGGCUUAGUUUUAACUCGACGCAAUGGGUGGAUCAUUUCUUCAAUGAGGUUAAUUUGAUUAGUGGAGUUCAUCACAAAAAUGAUGAGAGAAGAAAGAAUACUUACACGUCGGAGUCACUCCGCCAACGCUUCAAUCGUGAUUCAGAGGGAAUGCUUCAAGCUUGA